CACAAAUAUGUUUUUAACAUGUUUUGCUCUCUAGAGACACAACAUGAGUAAGAGGAAGGUGAAAAAUGAUCAUAUGCCAGUAGGAGAAUGCAUCACACAGGUGCAGAAGAUUUUAAGGGAGCGCCUUUGCCACCAGCAGCUCCCCCAGAAGCUGGUGGGAGUAGAGGCUCAACACAAACACCUCCUGGAGCUGCUGAAGCGGACGGCCAUCCACGGGGAGAGUAACUCGGUGCUCAUUGUUGGGCCCAGAGGAGCAGGGAAAACAAUGCUGCUGAAGUGUGUGUUGAGAGACCUGUUGGAAGAAAAAGAAGUGCAGAAAAACCUUCUACAGGUUUAUCUCAAUGGUCUCCUGCAAACAGAUGAUAGAAUUGCACUAAAAGAAAUAACACGGCAACUCCAUCUGGAAAAUGUUGUUGGUGACAGAGUAUUUGGAAGCUUUGCAGAGAAUCUGGCGUUCCUGCUGGAUGCACUGAAGAAAGGCGAUCGCAGCAGCAGUUGCCCAGUGUUGUUCAUCCUGGAUGAGUUUGACCUUUUUGCUCACCAUAAGAACCAGACUCUGCUCUAUAACCUGUUUGACGUCUCCCAGUCUGCCCAGGCACCCAUCGCUGUGGUCGGCCUCACCUGCAGACUGGAUGUUCUGGAGCUGUUGGAAAAGCGUGUGAAGUCGCGGUUUUCCCACCGUCAGAUCCACCUCCUGAGCAGCCUGACCUUCUCUCAGUACCUAGAUCAGGUCCAAGCACAGCUCAGCUUGGCACAUGAUUUUCCUGACACCAAGUUUGCUGAGGAUUGGAAUGCUGGCAUCAAGACUCUGUGUGAAGACAAAUCAGUUGAGGAGGUUUUACAGAAACACUUCAACUCUAGCAAAGACUUCCGCUCAAAGCACAUGUUGCUGAUGUUGUGUCUGAGUCGUGUCUCUGUAGCCAAUCCUGCCAUCAAACCCGCUGACGUCCUGGAGGCCAGCAGACUGUGUUUAGCUGAUGCCAAGGCUAACAUGCUUCAUGGCCUGUCCAUCUUGGAGCUGUGCCUGAUCAUUGCCAUGAAGCACCUCAAUGACAUCUACGAAGGAGAACCGUUCAAUCUCCAGAUGGUUCACAAUGAGUUUAAGAAGUUCCUGCAAAGAAAGUCAAACUCCAUGUACAACUAUGACCAGCCUGUCGUCAUGAAGGCUUUUGAGCACCUGCAGCAGCUGGAGCUGAUCCGGCCUGUUGAUGGCUCCUUGGCCAAAACGCAGAGGGAAUACCAGCUCAUGAGACUCAUGCUGGACCACAGUCAGAUCAUGGAGUCCCUGCAGAAGUAUCCACAAUGCCCCACUGAUGUCAAGCAGUGGGCUAUGUCGGCGUUCGGCUAGGACUCUGCAUGGACGUUUUUUUCCCAGUGCUGCAGCAGCAAAUAGAUGGAACAAAUUAAUACAUAAGUUUGUGAGGCUUGUCUUACAUACAGAUACUGGACUGGACUGAAUACCAGGUGAAAUGUCAAGUCAAAAUAAUCUGAAAUGGAAAGGAGCACUACAGCUGUUAUAGCUGCCAAGGAGGGUAACUCUGGUAUGUCAGACUGUUACAGCUACAAUUGCGCUUAUGUUUCAUGUUAGGAGGACUUCUCCUGUACUCAGAAAAUCAACCAUUCAGAAUAUUGACCUGUUUUCCAGCAACGUGUAGACUGUCAAAGCAGGCUUUUCCUUUAGGUUUAUGGGUUUUGAAUUACUCCUUAAAUAGAAAACUGAAGCAGUUUAAAAAUGAAAGGUUUCACCAGAAUGUCUUGAUAAAAUUGAAUAAAACAAGACAACUGUUA